AUGGUCGUGGAAGCCCUUACAGAGGUCGUGGCGCCAGAGGGCGUCAAAGCCCGACUCGUCGCGACUAAAACAGCCGACAUCACUUUACCGCAUGCCGAGAGCACCAAUGGCAGAGUCGUUCCUUUCCAACAUCCUGAAUCGUCGAAGGUUGACUUUGGAGCUGAGGUCUAUGGUAUCGACCUGAAUAAGCUGACCGAUGCGGAUUUCGAACUCAUCUCCGACGCUUUACACGAGUAUAAAGUUCUAGUUUUCAAGGAACAACCGGAAAUGCUGCGACCACAGCAACAGUACCUUCUGACAGCAAACUUCGAUCCUGAUGAGACCACCGGCGGCUUCGCCCACGGGGCCGAUCCUUUCCUCACGUCUUACAACGAAGUUAAUAUCUACGGCAUCCCCAGCCGACCUGCUAUUCCUUGCCAGCCUCAAGUACACAUUCUGGGACGCGGAGAAGUUCCUGAAGGUCAUUAUCAAUUCCCUCCAGGCUUCAAGGUCAAGGGUAUCGACCAUCGCGACUUCCACUUGCCGCCUCAUAUUCCUCAAGCGGAACGUGAACAGGGCGCCAGCAGAUUUUACCAAUGGCACUGGGAUGGAGCACUAUACAAUAUACCACCCCCCAGAGUUGGCUGCUUACUAGCUGUCAAAACUCCCAAGGGGCCGGACGUUACCGUUCGCUGGGACGAUGGCACCGGGACUGAGAUGAAGAUCCCACCAGGCUCGACUGCCUAUAUCGCAGGUUCGCGUGCUCUCGAAGUCCAGGACGAAGAAACAAAACAGAUCCUUCUCCACAGUCGCAUUGAGUAUGCUCCCCAUGCCUUCAAAUGGAUGUCGACCGCUCGUAGUGCCCGACUCGGCCACAUUAUUGAAACCGAAGGUCUGGAACUGCCGCGCGAGAAGCUGCCACCCAUUGACGAGAAGAAGAUCUGUAUCUAUCCAAUGGUUUGGACCAAUCCAAAAACCGGUGAGAAGUCUCUGCAAGUCCACGGACAAGGAGCAGUCAAGCUAUAUCUCAAGUCGUCACCUGAUGGGGAGGAAACCAUCAUCGAUGACCUCAAAGAAGUCCGCAAUUUUAUGCACAAGAUCAUGCGGCCAGCAAUCUCCCCUGAGAAUAUCUACGCACAUCCUCAUGAGGAACAGGAUGUAGUCCUAUGGUACAACCGUGCGCUGUGGCACAGCAUUACUGAAUUCCCCGAGUCAUAUGGCCCUAGAAUCAUGCAUCAAUGCAAUAUUGCCGCAUCGGAUCAUCCUAGCUGUUGA